AUGUCACAGAGGGAGGUCAGAAGGGCCCCCGCCAUGCCGGGAGUGGGGCAGAAGCUGGCGAAGGCCAAGCUGCGGCUGGUCGCAGGCCCUGGCAGGAAGCGGAGCCGCCUGAGCAGAACAAGGCAGGACCUGUGGGAAGAGACGAGCUGGAGCGACCGAAGGUGGAGCAGAGCUGGCCCGAGCCCACGGGGGGUCAGGCCCAGCAGCCUGGCUCGUGGCCGGAGUGAGGCCAGUCCCAAGAACGCUGCACGGGAGCGGAGCCGGGUGAGGACACUGCGCCAGGCCUUCCUGGCCCUGCAGGCCGCUCUGCCCGCUGUGCCACCCGACACCAAGCUCUCCAAGUUGGAUGUGCUGGUGCUGGCCACCGGCUACAUAGCCCACCUCACCCGCACGCUGGGCCACGAGUUGCCCGGCCCCGCCUGGCCUCCCUUCCUGCGUGGACUCUGCUACCUACACCCUCUCAAGAAGUGGCCCAUGCGAUCUCGUCUCUAUGCUGGAGGACUGGGGGGCUCUGGCCUUGAGCCCACCACAGCUACCACCUCAAGCCAAAGAACAACGGAGGCAGAGGCCAGAGCCCAAGUCUCUGAAGAGGCAGACGCUCUCUUUCCCACGAGGCCACGCUCACCAGCUCUCGGUGACAAAUGA